AUGUUGGAGCCCAUUGAACGGCAGUACAUACUGCUAUCCCUAGUAGACGAAGCAAUGUACGACGAGAUUCACCAAGAAGUCCCUGAAGACGUCUCAGAUGAAACCUUUGACACAAUACGGUCCAACCUAGUCCCGCGCCGGCUGAAGAAACAAGACCGAGAGGCCUUCCGCUACCGCACACAACGACCCGAUGAGACGGCUCAGCGAUUCACAGCAGAACUACGAAAAUUAGCAGCGCUGGCAUUCCCCGAAUGUGAGACUGCGUUUCAAGAAUUGAUGCUUCUGUAUCAAUUCGCCGAUGGCGUACGCUCAGCUGCUGUCCAGAACUCGUUCGCCAAACGACCAGCCAAAUCGCUAAAAGAGGCAACUGAUUGUCCCGUUUAG